CUGCUACAGUGACUUCCUGCUUCAGAUCAUUUGAGCUGUUGGGCGCAGCUCAGCAGGGAAAAGACGAGGCGAGCAAGAGAGGAAUCGGGGCAGUUUAAAGGGUAGAGGAGGGGAGGAAAAAGUUUGUGCCUGCAGCACAGUGACGGAUUGAGCAGGGGGCGGCAGCAGCCAGCGGUGGAGGGAAGGCACCGGAUCAGCAGCCAGGGAUCUGGGUAGAGCAAAGAGAGGAGCAGCAACAGCAGCUGGGAGAAGGGGGCUGGAGCGAGCAGCAGCGGGGGCGCAAAGCCAGGCGCGGGCAGGGAGCGGCGUGGGGGAGCCGAGCCCGGCUCCGGGCUGGGGCGGGAAUAGCUCAGGAGGGGCCGAGGCGGGCGGCGGCGCGAGUGGAAGCAGUAUCAGGGCUUAGCGCCGGGGGCCCGGCGGGGGAGGAUGCGGCUGAAGCUGGGCUUUCUGCUGCGCGCUGUGCUGCUGGCGGGCAGCUUCCUGGGGCUGCUGCUGCUCUGGUCCUCGCUGGCCCCCCGCGCCGAGGAGCCGAGCCCGCAGGGCAGGAUGCGGGAGGACAAAGAAGCUAAGAAUCCUGUGCCAGACAAAGGAAACCAUGGACUAGCUCCAGGAAAUGAGAAAUUCAAACCUGUGGUACCCUGGCCUCAUGUUGAAGGCAUGGAAGUGGACUUAGAAUCUAUUCGAAGAAAAAAUAAGGCCAAAAAUGAACUAGAACAUCAUGUUGGUGAUAACAAUCAGCAGAACAUCAUGGAGAGGCAAUAUCUCACAUUUAAGCCUCAGACAUUUACAUACCAUGAUCCUGUUUUACGACCUGCAGUCCUUGGUAAUUUUGAGCCCAAAGAACCUGAGCCUCAUGGAGUUGCUGGUGGUCCUGGAGAGGAAGGCAAGGCAUAUGUAUUAGGACCAGACUACAAAGAAUCCAUUCAAGCCAGCAUUAAAGAGUUUGGGUUUAAUAUGGUGGCAAGUGAUAUGAUCUCACUAGAUCGGAGCAUUAAUGACUUGCGUCAAGAAGAGUGCAAGUAUUGGCAUUAUGAUGAGAACCUGCUCACCUCCAGUGUUGUCAUUGUCUUCCAUAAUGAAGGAUGGUCCACACUCAUGAGGACAGUUCACAGUGUAAUAAAAAGGACACCAAGGAAAUACUUGGCAGAAAUUGUGAUGAUUGAUGAUUUCAGUAACAAAGCGCAUUUAAAAGAGAGACUAGACGAGUACAUUAAGCAGUGGAAUGGCCUUGUAAAGGUAUUUCGAAAUGAGAGGAGAGAAGGUUUAAUUCAAGCUAGAAGCAUUGGAGCUCAGAAGGCUAAACUUGGACAGGUUUUGAUUUACCUUGAUGCCCAUUGUGAGGUGGCAGUUAACUGGUAUGCACCACUUGUAGCUCCUAUAUCUAAGGACAGAACUACAUGUACUGUGCCUCUAAUAGAUUACAUAGAUGGGAAUGAUUAUUCCAUUGAGCCGCAGCAAGGUGGGGAUGAAGAUGGUUUUGCCAGAGGGGCCUGGGACUGGAGUUUGCUGUGGAAACGAAUUCCGUUAAGCCACAAGGAAAAGGCCAAAAGAAAGCAUAAAACUGAGCCUUAUCGGUCCCCUGCAAUGGCUGGUGGAUUAUUUGCCAUUGAACGUGAUUUCUUCUUUGAACUGGGUCUCUAUGACCCAGGUCUUCAAAUCUGGGGUGGUGAAAACUUUGAAAUUUCUUACAAGAUCUGGCAGUGUGGAGGGAAGCUCUUAUUUGUUCCUUGUUCUCGUGUUGGACACAUCUAUCGUCUCCAGGGUUGGCAAGGAAAUCCGCCCCCAGUGUACGUUGGGUCCUCUCCUACGCUGAAGAACUAUGUCAGAGUGGUGGAAGUUUGGUGGGAUGAGUACAAAGAUUACUUCUAUGCCAGUCGUCCAGAGACGAAAGCACUACCGUAUGGGGAUAUAUCUGAGCUGAAAAAGUUCCGUGAAGAUCACAACUGCAAAAGUUUUAAAUGGUUUAUGGAAGAAAUAGCCUAUGAUAUAACUUCACACUAUCCCUUACCAUCUAAAAAUGUGGACUGGGGAGAGAUCAGAGGCUUUGAAACUGCUUACUGCAUAGAUAGCAUGGGGCACACCAAUGGCGGCUUUGUAGAACUUGGACCAUGCCACAGAAUGGGAGGUAAUCAGCUUUUUCGAAUAAAUGAAGCUAAUCAACUAAUGCAGUAUGACCAGUGUUUGACUAAAGGACCUGAUGGAUCAAAAGUUAUGAUUACGCACUGUAAUCUAAAUGAAUACAAGGAAUGGCAAUACUUCAAGAAUCUACAUAGAUUUACCCAUAUUCCUUCAGGGAAGUGCUUAGAUCGCUCAGAGGUCUUACACCAAGUCUUCAUCACUGAAUGUGACUCCAGUAAAGCAACACAAAAAUGGGAAAUGAACAACAUUCUUAGUGUAUAGACAAAACAAACAAAAACCUGGCCUACUGAAACAUUAAUUUGUACAGGACUGAAAAUAACCUGAAAACUGCUGCAACUAUUAACUUUGUACAGCUGCAAGCCUGAAAUCUCCUGACUUGGAUGAAGGACAUAGAUGAACUGUGAUUUUACAAUAACAUUAUCAUCUGCAGUUAAUGUUUACAAAACUGCUUUUACCUUAAACUUUGUAGAUGUUUACAUCUUUUUGUUUUAAGAUGUUGGAGGUUUAAUGUGCUCUUAGCUAUGUUUUAUAGGAACAAAGUUAAAGGCACUGUGGUCUUCUUUGGGAUUUCACUCAGGGGUCUGAAGGCAGAUUUUUUACACACACUUGAAAAGGUUGGAGUACCCAGACUUUCAUAUAAUGUGGUGAUUAUCAACCUGUUGUAUCUUUUUAUUUUACAUCCUACCAAGCACUGCCACGGGUUAUUAGCCAGAGUGGCCUUCUUUCACAGUCAUGCUGCUUUUUUGGAAAGGUAGAUUUCAACAUUAGUGCCUCCUUCAUUUCUCUAUAUAUUUUACAAGAAAAACAUUUGAUGGAAUGUACAGUAUGGAUAUGUUGAUAAGUCAUAUUGACAAGGAUUAGUUGUACCACCCACAUAAUUACUGAAGACAAGUCUGUUUUGCCAAUCUGACUUCUGUAUUUACUACAUACUGGUAAGGCAAAUAAAGGUACAGACCACACCAGAAAUGCUGUAGGGGGUUCCAAAAAUAUUGUAAAAUGUCCCUUUUGCAGCUAGGUGCUGUAAUUUCAUUGGAACUUUAAGUAAGCUGAACCAGGUAUGCUGAGUAGCACUUGGAUGCACCUGCUAUAUUAGGCUUUGUCUACACUAGCACUUUAGUUGGUCCAAUGAGUGAAAAAAAAUCCCACCCCGGCUUACAUAAGUUUCACCAACAAAAGUUGAGCCCUUGCACCUCACAGGAUCAGACCCUGAAAGUAUUUGUUUUAGAACCAAAUUUUGCCCUCAAAUGCAGAUUAGUGUUCCAUGUAACGUCCACUGAAGUUAGAAAGGGUUGUGUGUCAUAUCUAAAGGCAGAAUUUGACCUUUAUAAAGCUAUCUAUCUAUGCAUAUUUUGGCAAUGAUUUGGGAUCUCCUCUGGCUUCUUUAAACUUCUCAGCUGUCCUUUAAAAGGUGUGAAAAAUAGAAUUAGAAAAUAAAGAGGGAGAAACUGGAAAAAGGAGAAUAAGAGUAUAGGUAACUUUAUUAUUUGUGUGUAUGAAAACUGACUCCAUUUUUUGUGUUGGGUAGAUUAAUCAUGUUACUAUGCAUUAGUGAAAGAAAGGUGGCAUAUAAAUUGUGCAGAUGUGUAUUUUAAAUGGGUAUUUUGUGCAAUUCAUUAAAAGAUACUGUAUGUGCAUAUGAAUCUGUAUCUGAAACUGCGAACUGCAAAACAUGAGAACAUCAGAAGCUGUUGCUGUAAUGACUUUUCCUAUUGUAGCCUGCUUGGGGGGGGGGGGGGGGGGGGGGAAAUGUCCCAUAUCUUGCUUUGUAAACUGAUAUCACUAUGCAUUUCUACACAUUUUAUAAAUUUGAUUUAUGCAGAUUUUGAUACACUGUAUGUUUCUGUAGAAAUUGUAUAAAUCUUCAAAAGUUUUAUUAGGGAUAAUAUUUGGGGAGCCGAUGUGCAUCUUAAUGCUGGAUUGCGUGUUUUCUAGGUGAGGAAAAUUAAAACAAAUAUUUUAACUUGU